AGAAUCUAGAGGACCUGCUUAGCUCCUUUAUUAUUAUUUUCUUUUUGGCUCUCUUUUUCAUGCUCUCUUUCGGGCUCCCCGGCCGCCUUUCCCUCUAAUAUCAACACGUCAAAAGCAAUUCAAGACCAGAUUCUUCUCCUCCAUUUCUUCUUUCAUCCCCUCAUACGACCAACUGUUCGCACCUCAUGGAAAGACACCAGAUGUUGUUCCCGUGCCCGGCAGAUGUCAGGCCGCCCCCGCCCCAGCCGCCGCUGACCUCCUUCCCGUUCGCGUUCGAAGCCGGAGGUUCUCGUGUCCAGAGCAGCGCCGGCUUCGGCAGUCAUCUGAUGAGCUCGUCGGUCCACGGGUUCUUGGGAUUGAGCGGCGCUGAAGACGGGAUCGCCCAGAGAUCAAAGGCCGAGUACGAUGCUGCUCACGGGAGCUCGGUAUCCGGGGGUGCUGAGAAAAUUGGGAAGAAGAAGGGGGAGAAGAAGGUCCGAAGGCCGAGAAUCGCUUUCCAGACCCGGAGUCAGGUGGACAUACUGGACGAUGGUUAUCGAUGGAGGAAGUAUGGACAGAAAGCAGUCAAGAACAACAGAUUUCCCAGAAGUUACUAUCGCUGCACGCAUCCGGGAUGCAAUGUAAAGAAACAAGUCCAGAGGCUAAGCAAAGACGAGGGCAUGGUGGUGACCACCUACGAAGGGACUCACACCCAUCCCAUCCAAAAAUCGACUGAGAAUUUCGAACACAUCUUGAGUCAGAUGCAGAUCUACCCUCCCUUUUGAUUUGACCUAGAAUCUGCUCAAUCUUAAACCAAAUCAUCAUGUCUUAGCUGCAAGCACAUUGUAAAGAGAAACUUGCAUAAAUCACCAUCAUCAUGGUCAUCAUCACCAUCGAAUGCAAAAAUAAAUAGUCUUGAGAAAUCGAUGGACAACUAGAGGGGCCCAUAGGAUUUCUUAUACAGGUGUCAGGGUUUGGGUUCAUCGAUAUGUAUUUGUUAGUAUCAUUGUUGCUCAUCGUUGUAACUGUUUUUUAUAUAAUUAUUUAUAUAUUAUAAAAAGUGAUUUAUAGGGUA